UCUAAACUUUCUCAGCUUAAGAGAGUGUGAAGGAGUGAAAAUGAGAAAGAUAAAAGAGCUGACGAAUGGACAUAAGUGUGGAGGUCGCUGCCUGGGGCCGUUGACUUUUCACACGGAGGCUGUGGGGAAGCUGGUGACGCUGAGCCAGAACGCUCUUCGUGCGUCCAGAGACGUGUCGUCUUUCAGACACGGUCUUGUGUUCAGCAACCGUCCUGUGGUCAAGCGAGAAAAAGUGUAUCUGCGUGUGGAGCGCUGCAUAAUGGCAUGGCACGGCGCCAUUCGUGUCGGAUUCACCAACGUGCCACCGGGCUCCGUAACACUUCCUUCCUUGGCCAUCCCUGAUUUGACGGACCAACCCGGUUACACAGCCAUGCUGGUGCCAGAAGAAACUUGCAUUCCCGGCUCAGAGAUCAGGUUCUGGGUCGGCAGUGAUGGAUACCUGACUGUCCGAGCUCCCGACGGACUGAAGUACAAAGUUCCGAGUGUAAACCUGAACCUCAACCGGCCAAUGUGGGCGCUGAUUGACGUGUAUGGACAGACUGCUACGGUGCUCUUACUGGGCUCAAAGAAGAAAAAUCAGUUUGGCUUUCAUAGAUCGUCGUGUCCUCUUCCUCACACCCCUCCGAACCCGACCGAACGCGGUUACGUGGCAAUAACGGACGAUCUUGUGAAGAAAAUUCAGCUACGGAAGAAAACAGAAAAGACCAGAGAAAACACGAACAACUGUCCUCUGGCCUGCCUUGACAACAGAUCCAAUACAGAACUGGAAACAGAGUGCGUGGUGUGCUUUUCACAGCGUGCCGAUACUCUUUUAGGCUGCGGUCACAUCUGUAUGUGUCUACAGUGUGCUACGAGAGUAUAUGAUCAGUUCGGCAGAUGCCCGUUGUGUCGGAGGGAGAUUCUUUAGCUCGUGCACAAACUCCAGGAAUGCGUCACUCACUGAGCCUCGUGUCUGUCUUUUUUCCUGGUUAUGCUGUUACCGCGUCAUGUUUGCAAUCAGAUGUUCACAGUUUAAAAGACUGCACAUCUCAGGGAUGAAGAGGGCAAUGAUUAUGCUAAACAGUUCAUAAAAACUGUGUAAUGGAUAAAUGCCAUAGACGCGUGCAGCUGCCUUCAUGAAAAGCACUUUAAGUGAACUGUC